GAGUAAGAGACUAAACUUGUUACUAAUUUGAGGUCACCAUCGCUGGUUUCAUUUUUGAGCUGUCUGCUGAAAUAAAUAUCUAUUUCAAAUUAAUCAAAUUAAAAUACAUUUAACCUUUAAGUAUCUCCUGAAAGUUUGAAAUUAUAAUAGCAAACAUGACUACUGGUCACGUAGGAGAUCUGAGUGAAGAGCAGUUAAAUGCAUUAGAUAGUUUCCGUUCUUCUGUAGAAGACAUUUUGCGUCCAGAGCAUGAUGAUUACUUUUGUGCCAGGUGGCUACGUGCUAGAAAAUUUAAUGCAACAGAUGCUGUCCAAAUGUUAAGAACUAGCUUACAGUGGCGUAAACAGAUAGGUGCAGAGAAUUUAAUUGAUGAUUAUGAACCGCAUGAGGUUCUGAAAAAAUAUUUCCCUGGGGGAUUAGUGGGACAUGAUAAAGAAGGCUGCCCUGUUUGGAUAAUACCAUUUGGGCAUAUGGAUAUAAAAGGUAUGUUCUAUUCUGUGAAAAAGUCUGAGUUUAUUAAAUAUGUGGUUAAACUCAUGGAAAUUAGUGAGCAAGACAUGAGAGACCAAAGUGAGGAAUUAGGGAAGAAAAUAGAAAUGCACAGCAUCGUAUUUGACAUGGAUUGUUUCACAAUGAAACAAGUUGCAUGGAAGCCAGCUGUGGAUAUGGUCACCCAACUUGUUAAAGUAUUUGAAGAUAAUUAUCCUGAACGACUGAAAAAGGCCUACGUUAUAAAUGCACCUGCCUUCUUUCCUAUGGCCUAUGCACUGAUUAAACCAUUCUUGAGUGAGGAGACUGCUAAGAAGAUUCAUGUUUAUGUUAAAGAAACUUGGAAAAGUGCUGUAUUUGAAGAUAUUGAUCCCAGUGAGCUGCCUACACAGUGGGGAGGAACUAAAUCUGAUCCUGAAGAUAAACCUCUUGUAAAUAUGGGUGGCCAAGUUCCAGCUUCAUAUUAUACAGCACCUAGCCGCCGAUUAUCAACUGAUACAGAUUUAACGAAAAUUACAGUGGAUAAGAAGUCAGUUUAUCCUGUUGAAUUGACUGUAACGGAUGUCGGAUCAACAUUGCAGUGGGAAUUUCAAACGGAAAAUUAUGAUAUUGGCUUUAGCGUGUGGUUUCGACCUGAAGGUGGAAUUGCUGAGGAAUUGAUUCCUUUACAGCGUGUCAAUUGUCAUUUAGUGCCAGAAGAUGGAAUGAUAGUGUGUGACAAACCAGGAAAAUAUAUUUUGAAAUUUGAUAACUCCUUCAGUUGGUGUCGCCGUAAACACAUCCUUUAUCAAGUUCAUGUCAUCCCUGCUAAUGAUGGAAAAAACAUGGGUUAUUAAUUUGUAUUUAUUUAUACAUGUAUUUAUGUUGCCUCUUGUUAUUGUAUGUUUAUCCAUGUUCAUGUUAUUGUUAUAAUUGGGCGUGUUCCAAUGUUGUAGUUCCUGCACUUACGUAUUAAUGUUUUUAGGUGCCUUCUGUAUUUGGUAAUGAAAAUUAUUUUUAAAGUUGCGUUUAAUAAAUUUUUAACCAAAUCUAUAAAUUUUUAUGUAAAAUAUUCAUUUUUUAAAAUUAUUUAUUGAGGCAAUCUAGUCUAAAAUCUUUUUUAUAUUUAAAGAAAUUAUUCUUAAUUUAAAGAGGUAUAUAAACCUCUAGAAUGUAGUCAGUCGAAGAAUUUGUUUUAAGUGAUAUGUGAAAAAUGUACAUAUUUUUUUAAAUUCUAGCAUUUUUUUACAUGCAUAUUUUAUUUUAUUGUAAUGUAUAAAUUAAAAGGAGAAAAAAAAUUAGAAAUUUAUAGCUUCUUUGAAAAUUAAAAGUUGUUAAUUAAGCGAUUAUUUUUAUAACCUAACUUUCUCUGUCAAUUGAAAACCUAUAAUUUAUUUUUAUCUGUUUAACGAAUAUAUUUAAAUUUAUUUAUUUUUCAUUUCUCAUUUCAAAUGAAUUUUAAUGGUUUAUUGAUUUUAAGAAAGCAGUGCAUUUGAGUGUAAGGAAAAAUUGAAAAGGAGGAUGUGUUUAUUCAUAGAUGUUUACAUAUAUAAACUUAAUUUAAGGAUGUUAACUGUUUAACUCAAUUCUUACUCUACUGAUAUUAUCUCUAUAUGGAUGUUAACUCCUGCAGAAUUUAAUCCUUAAUUUUGUUAAUUUAUAAGAUUCUUUUUAAAUUUGUAAGAAUAAUUUUUUUAGGUAUGUAUUAUAAUUUUAUUCUCCCAACAUUUAUUCUCCCUAAUUUUAUUCCCUCUCUCUUUUUUGUUGUUUUUCAUCAUUAAGGUUUUGUUAUGUAUAAUUGAUAAUUAUUUAAUUGGAGUUUUUUAAACCACUAAUACACAAACAAUUUGAGUAAUAUAGUAAAUUCUCUUCUAAAGUAAAAUCUAAAUUUUAAAAUAUUCUGUUUUUAAAAAAUUUCAUUUGUGUUUAGUUUCAAAAGAAUAUGUAAUAAAAAUACUAAUCCUAAAAGAGAGAGUUUUUUUAAGGCUACCCAUUGAAUUAGAUUCCCUUCUCCCAAAAGAAUUUGUUUGAAUUAUUCGGUCUGAAUUGAUAUUAAUGGUACAGGAAUUUUUAUGGUUCUAUUACAGGUAAUGAGACAUUAUCACUUUUAGAAAACGUCUCCAGCAAUUAUGGAAAGAAUAAUGCUGUAAAUCAAAAAUGAUUUUGUAAAUCAAAAUUUAGUUUUAGCUUAAAAUAAGAAAUUAUUCACUGUUGGAUUAAAGAUAGAUGUAAAUAUUCACUUUCUUUAAAAAAAUAUCAUUGAAAAUUAUAAAGUAUCUGUCCAUAGGAUUAGUAUCUGUUUAAGUUAACAUUCCAGCCUGCAUUAAUUAUAUUUCAAAACAUUUUUAAGAUAAAAACGUAUUGAUCUAUAUUUUCAUCGAAGGACAUUCCAUGUUAAGUAUACAUGUAUGAUCUUAUAAAGGGCUGUGUUAGCUUUAGAAAAGAACACUACUCCCAAUUUCAUUAUGUUUUAUUUGUUUUGGCACAUGAACAACUGUCAUGUGAACACGCAAUGUGGCAAAGUAUGUGCCAAAGUUUUAAAACCAUUGUCUUUUAUUGUAUCUUUUUACAACCAUCUUUACUAUAUUUCUAGGUUUUAUUAUCUUGUGAUUGUUUAUUUACAUCUCUGUGUAUUGUCAUUACUGUCUGUGACCUUUAAAGAUCUUUAUGUUGAAAGCAUUUUACGAAAUGCUACCAACUUUUUCCUGGUGUUCAAACAUGUUGUACUUUGCUAUUACAUAAUCAGGUAGACCCCAUUUCCACCUGUUUCUUCUCUUCCAGCAACCUUUUCUCUAUAGGUGUCUUUAUUAAAAUGGAUUUGUUGAAGAUAGCCUCCAACAACUUGUGCAUUCAUUAAGUCUGCGAAUAACCAUGACUCAAGCUAAAA